AACGCCUUCCAAGUUCCAACCCUUUCAGACGCAAGCUUGCCGUCUGUCCGCUUGACCCCAUUUUCCCACUGGCAGUGCAAUCCCUAUAAUAAUACUACAUACAGCACUUCGGAUAGGAUACUAGGCGCUCGUCGUGGGAGACAGUUGGCAUCUGCAAAGCUCCCCGCACAUCCUGAUUGCGGCUGAGAAUUGAAUACGCGCACAACCCGUCAUCUUCGACAACGACGCUGGGAGACGAAAAUGGCCGACCCAAAGAACUCUUGGUCGUUUGGAGGAGAAGACCCUUUCGCUGUCUCAACACCCCAGCCAGGUUCUGCGCCCUCAGUUUCAACAUCACCGGCCAAAAUGUCAGCUGCUGGCAGCGAAUCACCCGCUGGGUUUCCGAUGACCGCCGAAGAGCUCCACGCGUACGCACAUUACUACAAGUUGGCGGAUCCGGUGGGCAAGGGAUCAGUUCAACCUCAGGAGGCAGUGACAUUCUUGUCAAAGUCAAGGUUGCCUCAGCAUCUCCUGGGAGAGAUUUGGCAGCAAGCCAAUUCCGAUGGGAAAGGAUUCCUCACGAAAACUGAUUUUUACAAAGCCGUGAAAAUGAUCGCCCUUGCGCAGGGUGGGAAAUCGCCAAAUGUUGCAUCGCUGAACACCGGGACGAGCCUUCCCGUCUUUGACGGAGUCACCGUUCCCAGCCGGGGGAAUGCACCUGCUGGGACUCCGAACGUCUCGUCCCCGCAAGUCGGAAGCGGUUCGGCCUUCCCAUCCCCAAUGAAUCCAUUGACAAUGCAAAGGACGGGUGGGAGUGUGGGGUCUCACAACACCGGGAACGCUCCCAUUGGCGCUGCUUCUCGCCUCGUUUCUCAUGUGACUGGCGGAGGGAUCUCGACACAUUCCACUGGCUCUGGCGUAGGGGGCGGGGCGAUAACUCCCGACGAACGAGAGAGGUUCAUUGCUGCUUUCGAAAGUUGCCACCCGUCUCCCGAUGGAUACGUCCUCGGUGAUGCUGCGAGAGACUUAUUCCUGAAGUCCACUCUCCCUCUUGAUGUUCUCAGCAAGAUCUGGAUCUUGGUAGACGCGAAUGGAUCUGGGAAGCUUGAUCUUCCACAGUUUGUCGUCGCCAUGUACUUGAUAUCCAAGAUUCGCCAAGGCGCAAUUGCGACUGUCCCAACUAUGAUCCCGCAACAGUUGUGGACAGCGGCUCAGAACGUCGCGCCCGACGGCAACAAAGAGUCACCGUUCGGAAAUCUGCCACCACCACCAUCCGCGAAUCGUACAUUGAACCGCAUGUCUACCGUAUCGCCUGCUAUGACUUCUCCCCGGUUAGAACGGCGUCGAACGAUGAUGCCGACCUCCACCAUUCCCACUCCCAAUGCCGAAUGGGGGAUCAAAGAAGAUGAGAAGGCACAGUUCGAUCAGUACUUUGACACCCUGGAUACGACCAAGCGUGGCUUCGUGACUGGUCAGGAGAGUUAUGAGUUUUUCACGAAAGCCAAAUUGCCUCAACUGGAACUGGCGAAGAUUUGGGAUCUGGCAGAUAUUGGGAAGACGGGCCAGCUUUCGAAGGACGAAUUUGCGGUCGCCAUGCAUUUGAUUAGAGGUCGCAUGACUGGAACUACAUUGCCGAAUACCCUACCGGCCGACCUAGUUCCCCCAUCUCUGCGUGGACGAGGGUCGUUCGGGACACCAGGGCUCCCGCAAACUCCGGGCGCCAAGUCUGUGAUGGGCGACAACGAUCCUCUGGGGGACUUUCAAACGGCGUCGAACGUUUCUGCACCACUAUCUCUAUUUGAUGCAAGAGCGCGAUCAUUCUCGAAAAUGCCGUCGCCCCAUGAAGUUGCGGAACUGCAAGAUCGGGAAAACGAACUCUCGAAUCGCAAAAAUGAUCUCCAUGGGGUGGAGCAGCAGUUGUCCAGUAUGCAGCCGUCGGUGGAGGAGCUACGGCAGCGACGUACGGCAUUGGACGCCGAAUUCAAAGAAGUCACAGAUAAAAGGAACGAGCUCGCUUUGAAGCUCUCACAACUGCGCGCCGUGUACGAGACAGAGAGCCAGAUCGCCGUUGAGACCGAGAACACCCUCAUCAGGGAACAGCAGAACCUCAACAUCAGCAUAGCUGAAGUUAAGCAGGCUGAGGACACGGUGGCGAUGUUGCAAAAUGAAAAGCACAGUCUGCAACAGGAGGUGGAGCGCACUAGGCAGCAGAAUGACGAUAUCGCUCGACGUGUGCAGCAAGCCAACGAAGCAACGGUGCCUUUGAGGGCUGAUUUGGACAGGUUGCGGGCAGAGUUGAGGCAACAUCAGCAGCACCGUGAAGUCAAUGAGAAAGUGUUGAUGAGCGCGCAGGCGGAAUACCAGCAGAUCCAUGGGGACGUCCAGGCGGAGCAGGCGAAACUAGCGCAGGAGAAGGAACGGGUUGCGCAUAUCGCCCAGCAGAUUGCGGUCCAGGCUGGAAUCGCAGAAAAAGAGAAACAAAAGCUGAAAGCGCUGGCAGCUGAGAGGGCACAAGAGCAAGCGAAGGCAGCCGCUGCUCCCGCGCCGAAACCGGCCGAAAGCGUGGACCUUUAUUCUGCGUUCGCCGAACUCAACUCGUCUCAAGAUCUCCUUGGGACCACCAAGUCAAUCGCGUCGGAGAAGCCUCCCGCUUUCCCAAACCUUACCAUGCCAACCGGUGUUGCGUCUACUGCGCCAUCCUCGGCAACCCCUCAGACGCCCUCCGCAAAGAAACCUCCGCCACCUCCACCGGCAUCGAAGAAGCCGCACCGCGAUUCCCGUGCGGGAAGUAAUGCGGAUCUCGCCGGUCUCGGCUUGAUAGGUGGGGAUGGAGCUGCAGGUGGAACGCCAACCUUAGCUCGAGUUGAUUCCACCUCAGCGCUGGGAGCUGGCGUCGCGCGGACAAACUCCAUGAGCUCUGUUGCAUCCACCAAGGCCAAGCAAGAGUUUGAUGCUUUGUUUGAGUCCAACAAGCCCAAAACUGCCGCGCCAGCACCUAUUCCUCGCCCCACAACCCCUGCACCAAUUGCGCCUUCCCCCGCCGCGGGAACUACCAUCCCGCGACCCAGCACGCCCAGUCCCGACAAGGCUUCCCCGUCUCGUAUCAACACCGGGUCCCCAACACGGCCACCACCUCCAGCUCCACCCACACCGCGCGGGCAAUCUCCUGGUCCACAGGUCCCACCAAGUCCGGGUUCCUCCCCGACGAAGAAACCUGCCAGUCUCAAAGGGUUCUCGUUAGGCUUUGAGCCUCGAAAGGACGUCAAUAGCGGAGAUCACUCCAUGAAGCCCGCCAGUGUUAGGAGUGUGCCGUUGUUCGAGUCUGAGGAGAAGGACUCGGCGCAGGUACUUGCGCCCACUCCUCUCUCUGCACCUGCGAAGAGUACGGCCGAUUUGUUUGGGACUGCUGAAGUCGACUUUGCUGGAGCGUUUGGAGGAGCACCGCCAGCGCUUGUUCCCACAACAUCCGCUUCUGCUUCCCCCGCGCAGGAUGCGAGUGCGAGUGCAGCGCGGCCUGCUCAAUCCCCUGCAGAUGUUGGCUUUGGCAUCGGCUCUGCUGAUCAGAUGGCUGGGUUUGGAACUCCCGCGUUUGAUCUGAGCAGCGACGACAUCUUCCCUGCCGUCGCUCUGCAAAAUGCCCCGGCCGGACCGUCGCCGGCACCAUCUCAGCCUCUAGGUCCCUCGGCAUUCGACGCCGAUUUCGAGUCGAACUUUGGGAGCUUGCAGAGCGACAAUAACUCGGGUUCCACUCCUGCUCUGCCCAAACCUGCCACAGUGAAAAGCGACGAUGCCUUCAGCGCCAUGUCAGCCAUCGACAUUGACGCCGAGAUGGAAAACGCAUUCAUCGAGUCAAACGCUACGGAAGCGGAGAGAGUGAAGCGCGCCGCGACCCCGGAUUUUGACACGCAAGGGUUCGCCGCAAAGGACUUUGACGACGACGCGUUCGAGUUCACUGCCACUUUCGACAACGCGUCUAUGAAGAGUAUGGGCAAGACUGGGAAGCUGACUCAAUCUCCCAAAUUCGAGGCUGCGUUCGACACGGCCUUCCCGCCCGCCAGCAACGACCCGUUUGCGGCGUCGGACCCGUUCGGAUUCAAAGCGUCGCCGCCACGGACCUCCACUGCCGCUGCGCAAAUGUCGGUCGCGGACAUGGACGCGGUGUUUGGAGGUGGACCCAACACGGCUAAGCCUGAGCAGAACGGAACCGCCACCGCCAAUGGGUUUGACGAUGUGUUUGGAAGCUUCCAAGCUGCCUUUCCGCCCGUAGGAGCAUCAUCGUCAACAGCUCCAUCGACGUCUCCCACCAACAUUGACACGGCGAAAUCGAAAGCUGCGUCCCCAGGGAAGAAGCCCGCCCCGCCAUUACCGCAACGUGCUGCUACGACAGACGACGCGGAUGAGGUCAAGCAGAUCACGGCGCUUGGGUUUACAAAGGAGCAGGCUAUCAAUGCGUUGGAGUUGUAAGUGGAGUCAACUCGAUCGUAGGAUUUUGUUGACCGCGUUGUUGACAGGUUUUUUCGUUCUCUCCCUGUACAGGAACGCGUUUGAUGUUGCUCAAGCGACGAACUACCUUUUGGAUGCAAGCAAGUGAUAGUCGCAAUAGCACACAAGCAACCGGCACAAUCAAACGCAAAGCACACGCAGGCAGUCCAUUCCGGCCACCGUAACCCCGAUCAACCAAGUUCUUCUUU